AUGUUUCACAGUUAUUGUGUCAUACAUGACUGUUUUUUAGGUAUAUUUGGUCUCUUCACCGUGGUCGGCCCGGAUUGCUUGUACUAUACAUUUUGCACUUUUGUACAAGUUCAGUUCCGUUUACUUUACCAUGAUUUUGAGACAAUUGUAACACCGAAUGCGAGAAUACGGAUCCGAAAUGGAAAUGACAAAUACCACGAGAAGUUUCGAACUUGCAUUAGUCGACACAGAGAACUUAUAAGAUGCAGCAAUUUAAUUGAAACAGUGUAUUCCAAGUCGUCUCUGUUCAACUUUAUGUCGAGCUCCCUGCUGCUCUGCCUGGCCGGGUUUAAUAUCAUGGCUUAUGAGGACUUGGCUAUGUCUGGUAAUUUUCUGAGUUUCCUGUUCUUAUGUUUGCUGCAAAUAUUCCUAAUAUGCGUUUAUGGCGGUAACGUUUCACGAGCUAGCAUGGAUUUGAGUAGUGCUGUCUAUAACAGUCAGUGGUACACCGUUGAUGUAAACACAGCGAAGAAUUUACUCGUUAUUCUAACCAGGGCACAAAAGUCUUGCAAGCUGACUGCUUAUAUGUAUGCUGAAAUAAAUCUGGUAGCUUUUACACGGAUAUUAAGCACAUCUUGGUCUUACUUCGCCUUGUUGAAGUCAGUGUACAGUAAAGGCGGUGAACAUUGA